CGAGGAUCAUCUUUAAAUUUAGCCGAAGUAGAGUUCCUGGUUUUGAUCAGACGCCAGUUGUCCUAAAUAAGCAAUCCUCUGACACAAGUACUGUAUGACAGAAUGAAAUCUGUGCAAAAAUCUCUUGAAAUCUGAAGGAAACAACAACUUCAACAGGAUUAUAAUUUUUUGAUCAUUUUGCCCCGGUUUAUUAUUGCAAUCUAAAAGGCCAGAUUAGAUCGUACCAAAUCAAAUGCCACCCCCCAUUUUAAGUGUUUCGGGUUUUCAUUCUACAAUUCCCGGUGCCUGGUAGGCUGGUUGCCGUGAUCUCGGUGGAUCAUGGAUAGGUUUACGACGGCUCCACCCCUGAUGGUAGUUUCUGAUCUCGACCAUACAAUGGUUGAUCAUCAUGAUCCUGAAAAUCUAUCUUUGUUAAUGUUUAACUCCCUAUGGGAAGCCAGGUAUCGUGAAGAUUCUUUGCUAGUGUUUUCUACUGGAAGGUCGCUUACAUUGUACAAGCAGCUGAGGAAAGAAAAGCCCAUGCUAACCCCUGAUAUUACGAUAAUGUCUGUUGGAACUGAGAUAACAUAUGGGAAUUCUAUGGUGCCAGAUGAUGGGUGGGUUGAAAUUCUAAAUCAAAAGUGGGACAAGAAAAUUGUCUUAGAGGAAGCAAGCAAGUACCCUGAGCUUACUCUUCAGCCCGAAACUGAACAACGACCGCACAAGGUUAGCUUCUAUGUCCAAAAUGACAAGGCACAAGAAGUAUCAUCGGCUCUUUCUGAAUGUUUGGUGAAACAUGGGUUGGAUGUUAAAAUAAUCUACAGUGGAGAGAGAGAUUUGGAUAUAUUGCCACAAGGUGCUGGGAAAGGGCAAGCUCUUGCUUAUUUGCUUAAAAAGUUACAGGUCGAGGAUAAACUUCCUAAAAACACUCUUGCUUGUGGUGACUCUGGUAAUGAUGCUGAACUUUUUAGCAUUCCAGAAGUAUAUGGAGUCAUGGUCAGUAAUGCCCAGGAAGAGUUGUUGCAGUGGCAUGCUGCCAAUGCUAAAGACAACCCAAAUAUAAUUCUUGCAGAUGAGAGGUGUGCAGGGGGUAUUAUACAAGCCAUUGGUCAUUUUAGUCUGGGCCCCAACAUAUCACCAAGAGAUAUCAUGGGUCUGUCAGAUACAAAUUUAAAGAAGUUCGAUCCUGCAUACGAAGUAGUUAAAUUUUACUUGUUUUUUGAGAGAUGGAGGCGUGCAGAGGCAGAGGCCAGAAAUUCUGAAAUUUAUUUGUCAAAUCUGAAAGCAGUUUGUGAUCCAUGUGGUUAUUUUGUCCACCCAUCUGGUUUUGAAAGGCCUCUUCGCAAUUGUGUAAAUGCAUUAAGAAUUUGUUAUGGAGACAACCAGGGGAAACAAUUUCGGGUUUGGGUGGAUCAAGUUUUCUCUUCUCAGGUUGGUUCAGACACUUGGAUUGUGAGAUUCAAGAAGUGGGAGCUAUCUGGUGAAGAGCAAUAUGGCUGCCUGACCACAGCUGUGUUAAGUUCAAAGGAUGCAAGUAUUUCAGAAGGGCUCACUUGGCUCCACGUGCAUCAGACAUGGUUGGAUGAAGCCACUCCAAAGGAUCAGUAUGUUUGGUUCUUCUAGCUUGUUGCAAAGGCUAGACUAUCAAUGAUCUGAUCACAUCACAUUUUUUCAUUGUACUUGAAUAAAUAUUACAUGAAAGCUGCAAUGUCCUUGCAUCUGAGGUAAUGCAGUAUUGCCUGAUGAAUAUACGACUUGCCAGUUAUAUUGCAUACAAGCAGGAGCCAUCAGAAGUGCAGUUGCCAUGUUUUCUUAUUAUGGCAGAAUUAUUCAGAAGGAAGAAUGUAGCUUUAUCAGAUGUUUGUUAAACGAUCUGCUAACAAUGUAGCUCACUUCUUAGCAAGGUAUAAUUGUGAUAAUGCUGAUUGUAUUUUCCGAAUGAGCAACGCUCUCAUCCGGAGUUCGUUGAUGUAAUCAUGAACGAUUUGAGAAAUUAAUGAAAAUUUUCUUUUUCGGCA